AAAAAAAAAAUAUAUGGUUUAUAUAAAGUUGAUAAUUAUUAAAUUUUAAACUUAUGUUAUCAAAUACAUACAUUAUUAUAAUAAUGGUAGAGUGAAAUUUUUUAAUGAAGAGACACAUUUUUAAUGUAUAAUCAUACUUAAUCUAAAAAAGUAUAUAUUUAUUUAAAAUUAUAAACCAAUAAAAUCACAAGAUAUACAUUCCUAUAUUUUUAAACAGGAAAAAAAAAAAAUACAGAGAGUGAAUAUGGACCAUUAGCAAAUUUCCAAAACAAACUAUUCCACUCUUCAAGGGUAAAAUUAUUAGUAUUAUGACCCUUUCUUCCCUGCCAAUAAAUAAUCCCAAGCACUCUUUACAUCUUCUUUUUCGGGCACUCCCCCUUUGACCAUCAAAGGUCAAUACCAUCCUUUUUCUUAAUCUUGUUUACCUCUAAAACACCAACUCAUCAAUAAAUUAAUAUUCCCUUUAUCCUCCUCCAUUUUCCCUCUAAUCUUUACUGCAAAAUUAUUCAAGAACAAGAUAGAAAAAGAAAAAAAAGAAAAGAAAAGGAAAGGGAAUUUGCCAUUGCUUAUACAAAGAUCAGAUUCUUGAUUUGUUCUACAAAAAGAAGAAGAAAUGGGUCGUGUAAAACUCCCAAUAAAAAGAAUAGAAAACAACACAAAUAGACAGGUUACAUUCUCCAAACGCAGAAAUGGACUCAUAAAAAAAGCUUAUGAGCUUGCUGUUCUUUGUGAUAUUGAUAUUGCUCUCAUCAUGUUCUCUCCUUCCGAUCGUCUGAGUCAUUUUUCUGGCAAGAGGAGGAUUGAAGAUGUGAUCGCUCGAUACAUAAAUUUGGCCGAACAUGAUCGAGGAUGUGAUGUUCAGAAUCGAGAGUAUUUGCUCACCACCCUGAAGAAACUCAAGACAGAAAAUGACAUGGCCCUUCAAGCUGCCAAUCCUGAUGCUACAAGAUCAAACGUAGAGGAACUCCAACACGAAGUCUGUAAUUUGCAACAUCAGGUUCAGAUAGCUGAGGAUCAAUUGAGGAUAUAUGAGCCUGACCCUUCAAAUUUCACAUCAAUGGGAGAACUUGAGUCUUGUGAGAAGAACCUUUUGGAUGUAAUGGCACGUAUAGAAGAUAGAAAGAAAUAUCUUUUGAGUAGUCAUGCAUCUACUUAUGAUCCAUCAACAGCACAGAUAUAUAUAGAUGCACAGGAAGGGCUGCCAAAUUUUCAAAAUGAGAUUGCCAAUUGGUUGCCAGAUAAUGGGCAAAACCCCAAUUCCAUAGGCAUAAAAUCUGAAUCUUGCAUUCCUCUAAGUAAUCAGUCCUCAACAACAAUGUUUGAUGCACUGUCUCAUGAGGCAAAUGUAAAUGUGGAUGGCUGCAACAUGGGAGCAAGCCAAAUGAACAACCAAAAUUGUGAAACUAUGCCAUCUUGGCAUCAAGCCUUCUCUUCAUUCUCAUCCACUGAGCUCCUUGCUGCCUUCAUGCCUCCCAAUUCAUUCCCUCUAAUGAAGCAUGAAAUGGAAGGUCCAAGCUUUACAUCAAUGUUGCAGCAGCAGCAGCAGGCAGAGCCAACCCCAAAUUGCCCACAAAUGAUAUGCAGCGGUGAAGAUUCAAAUUACGAGAAUUAUGAAGGCAACAAGCUACCUCAAUUUAAUGUUGAAUCACAUUUACACGAUGACUGUUAAAAUGCUUAAUUAAUUAUUUCUUGGUUCAGUAGUAAUUAGGAAAAUUGUUCUUUCGGCCGAUUUAUUCAUAGCUUGAAUGAUACAAUACAUAACAAGUAUGUGGACUUGCUCUCAUCAA